GGGAGGGGGUGGGAGAAGGGGUCUCUUCCUGGUCAGGAGAGGGGACAGGGACUUGACAUUGGACUGACAAGUGCCUGGUGUUUGGCAUGAGCACCAAGUCAAAUUGGGGGAGCCUGGAGAACUUUGGAGGGUAGGAGAGACUUAGCAGAGGGGAACCCCAGCCAUGGAAAGAUUAGGGGCAUGCAUCGUGGGGUUUCCAGACAGAAUGGGGUCCUUUGGGAUCAUGGGACGGGAUGAGAGGAACCUGCCCCAACACACACACACACACACACACACACACGUCCUGUCUCUGGACUUCAGGUCUGGGGGCAGGGGACCUAGAGGCCAGGGCUAUAAAUACAGCCGGGGCGGGAGGGGGUUCAGGUUACCGAGGCCCCAGCUGUCCUCAUCAGACAGAGCUGGCGGAUGGCUGGCGCCCCCCCCCCCCGCUGUCAGCCGGCGUCUCCCCCUCACCUGUCACCAGUGCCCUUGCCCGCUGGGGCUCCAUGCACCGGCAUGGGUGCCCCUUCUUCAUUUCUGUCUCCUGGUCUCUGUGCCCCCACCACAGGGUCCCGACCCCCUGUCACUCUGAGUGUCCCCCUCCCACAAUGUACCUCUCCCCAAAUUUCAGUUCUGCCUUUUUGAAAUCUGACUCCAGUCUCUGGGUACCCCUCCCCUUCGGACUCUGGCCCCCACCUGUGUCACUGGGGUCAGUGGCCCCUCCCUCAUCUCUGGGAUGCCUCCUGUCGCCUCCUCUGUGAUCUUGUCACUCUGGCCCUGAUGGUUGCCCCGCCACCCACACCCGCCAGCCCCGGCCUCUGCGCCCUGCGCGCUGCGGUCCCCCUCGUCUCCCGGUGCCGGGCCUCGGGCCGCCCUCUCCCCGCCUCCCGCUGACGUCUCCGCCCGCCCCGCCCAGGCUGGGCCGGGAGGUGGCGGAUCCGGUUUGUCCGGGGCGAGUCGGGAGCGGGGUGCAGAGCGGUUGUGGCAGCCCCAGGGCGGCCGGGCUGCGCGGCGGCAUGGUGGGUUCGGAGAAGGAGCAGAGCUGGAUCCCCAAGAUCUUUAAGAAGAAGACGUGUACGACAUUCAUAGCGGACCCCGAAGACCCCGGAGGGACUCUGUGCCAGUGCGGCCGCCCCCGGAGCGCCCACCCCUCCGUGGCCGUGGAAGAUGCCUUCGGGGCAGCCGUGGUGACCGAGUGGGACAGUGACGUGCACACCACGGAGAAGCCCACAGAUGCCUUCGGGGACCUGGACUUCAUGGGCGCUGGUCGCAAUCCCAGCAACUUCCUCCGGCUCUCCGACCGCACAGACCCAGCUACAGUCUACAGUCUGGUCACUCGCACGUGGGGCUUCCGUGCGCCGAACCUGGUGGUGUCAGUGCUGGGGGGCUCGGAGGGCUCCAUCCUCCAGACCUGGCUACAGGACCUGCUGCGCCGCGGGCUGGUGCGGGCCGCCCAGAGCACAGGGGCCUGGAUCGUCACGGGCGGGCUGCACACGGGCAUCGGCCGGCAUGUGGGCGUGGCUGUGCGGGACCACCAGACGGCCAGCACGGGGGGCUCCAAAGUGGUGGCCAUGGGCGUGGCCCCCUGGGGCGUGGUCCGGAAUAGAAACACCCUCACCAACCCCAAGGGCUCGUUCCCCGCGCGGUACCGGUGGCGCGGCGACCCCGAGGACGGGGUUGAGUUCCCCCUGGACUACAACUACUCGGCCUUCUUCCUGGUGGACGACGGCACCCACGGCCGCAUGGGCGGCGAGAACCGCUUCCGGCUGCGCUUCGAGUCCUACGUGGCGCAGCAGAAGACCGGCCUGGGAG